GCAAUGAAGAAACGUUCCAGGUGGCUUCCCUGUCGAUUCCUGCUCCACGUGGUGGCAACUCUGAAUUUGGGAUACGCCGUUUAUUAUGACUACAAGUAUGCUGAGUUGCCAGCGAUGGCGAUGGAGCUGCGAAUGGUGACGCCACUUGGUGGCAAGUUCAAAUACCUGACCUUUCUCAAUGGUCUGCUGCAAACUGGAUAUUAUAUGCUGGCCUUGGGCUACGACUUGUAUCCUCUUCCUGGACUUCGUCAGCUGCGGGACUAUUUGUUGGCUAGUUUUGUGGUGCCUCUGGGACUGACUGUGAGCAUAACAUUUUGGACACUUUGCGGCGUUUAUGGAGAGUCUAUAUAUCUGGAUUUUCUGGAUCACAUCUAUCCCGGGUGGUUGAACCACACGAUGCAUACUCUGGUUGUGGUGUAUGCUCUGUUGGAAAUCUGUCUUGUACCACACCAAUAUCCACAGCGGAAUAGGGGAUUUACUGGAGUUGCCAUAGUCAUGGGAUGUUACCUGGUAUGGUUAAACUUGGUUCAUUAUUGGACUGGUAUCUGGAUCUAUCCAUUUUUGAGUGCACUCUUGAUACCACAGAGGUGGUUCUUCUUUGCCCUGGUCGUGGGUUUGUCCUUUGUGUACUAUUUGCUUGGCGAGCAACUGAACUAUGCUCUCUGGGCACAAUAGAAGUCACAAGGAAUACGACUUGUGAACGUAAUAAAGCAAUUUCCGUUACUCCA